AUGUCUUCAACUCUACUUCGCACCGCGCCCGUCCUUCGGGGAGCUCUUCGAGCUGCAGGCGCGGGAGCCAUUAAACCCGCCGCGGCCCUGGCCAGCACGAGCUUUGUGCGUGGGAAGGCGACGCUCCCAGACCUGUCGUACGACUACGGCGCCCUCGAGCCCUUCAUCUCGGGCAAGAUCAUGGAGCUGCACCACAAGAAGCACCACCAGACCUACGUGGCCGGGCUCAACUCUGCCCUCGACACCAUCGCCGAGGCCGAGAGCAAGGGCGACCACACCAAGGCCGCCACCGUGGCGCCUCUGCUCAACUUCCACGGCGGCGGCCACGUCAACCACUCGCUCUUCUGGGAGAACCUGGCUCCCGCCAGCCGAGACGGCGGCGGCGAGCCGUCUGGAAGUCUCAAGACGGCGAUCGACGAAGACUUUGGCUCGUUCGACACGUUCCGCAAGCAGAUGAACACGGCGCUGGCGGGCAUCCAGGGCAGCGGGUGGGCGUGGCUGGUCAAGGACAAGCAGAGCGGCACGCUGGGCCUGGUGACGCGCGCCAACCAGGACCCCGUCACCGGGCCCUACACGCCCCUGCUCGGCAUCGACGCCUGGGAGCACGCCUACUACCUCCAGUACGAGAACCGCAAGGCCGAGUACUUUGAGGCCAUCUGGAACGUCGUCAACUGGAACACGGUCGCCGCCCGCUUUGAGAAGAACUAG